GUGUGUGUAACUGUAACAAUGCUUGUGCCCACAUUGCCCUUUAAGGCCACACGUGUCGAUCUGAAUGGGUGUGAAUCCCACCGGUACUUACUCUCUUGUGUCUCAUACACUCUUCUGGAAGUGUUUCUUCCUCAGCUGAUGAGGCUAAUGGAUGAAAAGAAAGUUCCCCGAUCUCUGUGUGGCUUUAAGUACGAUGAUACGGCUCACCACCACUGACCUUUCAUCUGCUGACUUUAAUUAAUGUUCCACUCCCUUCUGUGUUUGCAGAAAGGUUCAUGGAACAUAUCCUCACCUAUCUUGAAUUUGCUGAAAAUCCAGCAAUUAUAGAUAACCCCAACCUGGUAGUAAAGAUAGGAAAUAGAUAUUAUAACUGGACUCUAGCUGCACCCUUGAUUUUAAGUCUACAAGCAUUUCAGAAGAAUUUACCAAAGGCUACAGAGGAGGCCUGGGUGAAGGAGAAAAUGCCAAAGAAGUCCGGCCGCUGGUGGUUCUGGCGAAAAAGGGCCGAUAGUACAAUCAAGCAGUCAGAGACUAAGCUUGAAACCAAGGAGGAGUGUCAUCUGGAGGAGGAAGGACCCUCCAUGUCUCAGGAGAAACUGCUUUUGCCUCCUAAAGCAGGAGACUCGUCCAGUGAUGAAGAUGCCAAGGAAGUGAGCGCUGCAUCUUGUCAGGAGAGACUGCAGCCAGUAGAUGGUCAGCACCACCCAGGCCAACCCACCUACAGGAAGUCACUACGCCUCUCCUCUGAUCAGAUAGCCAGUCUGAAACUAAAGGAAGGACCUAAUGAUGUGACGUUCAGCAUCACCACCCAGUACCAGGGCACAUGCCGCUGCGAGGGCACAAUCUACCUGUGGAACUGGGACGACAAAGUCAUUAUCUCCGACAUUGAUGGCACCAUCACCAAGUACGUGACUCGCAGCAACCGUCUCACAACCCCUUUGAUCAGUGUGAUGGUGCUGAACCUUUUGUGAGGCGUUGAUCUACUUUUAUCUCACUACAUAGCGCGUGAUUGUACACAUAAAUACUACACACGGAUUUGUCACAAACCAGCUUUUAGGGAAAGUAAGGGAAACAGAUCUACUUUCUUUUAACUAUGCUGAUUGUGGGCAGUACUGAACGACACAGUAAAUGACUCUAGAUUUACUACAGUAGAUAAAUGACAUCAUCCGGGGCUCAUCGGCUCUCCACCAGUGCAUGACAUUUAGUUUCCCUUAGGUUGCGUAUAAUAUCAACUGCUUGUGUGCUCAUUAUAUACUCUUAUAAAUAAAGUUAUCUAAUAUAUAUAUUUAUUUAUAGGCAUGUAUAUGUGACGUAAUCAACCGGUUACUCAUACUGUUCUUGUGACCUUUUUGUAAUAUAGUGUGAAAUCGUGCAGAAGUACUUGUGUAAGAUGUGACACAUACUCGUCUUUGAUCAUGACCUGUAAGUGUCCGCAUUGCAAGAAAAAAAAAGUCAUUUGUCAAUUAGCAAGGCAGCCUCUGUAGAGGUGUCGUGUUAUUUCUAGUCUCAUGUCUAUAAAUUGGCCACAUACUGUGAAAUAAUUCUUAUUUGGUUGACUAGCUAUAUUUAGAGUUUUUUAAUUGCUCUAACUCGUCAACAGACAGCUCUUUGCGACAGAGAACUGAAGCUGUUAUCUGUGCUUUCAUCAAAGGCACCAGACUCGGUUGACAAAAACAGUAAUUUUACCGCACAGAACACUGGAGUUGCUGAUCUGAUGAUGCCGUGAUCGUUGAUGUGUGAUUUUAGUUUUAAAGGGUUAGUUCGGCUUCGUCUAAGUGAAAUGGAAAUGGCUGUCUGACAGCACGAUAUAGCAGUGAAGAUAUUCUGAUAUAGAUUAUUCGUUAGGCGGUUGAAUAUGUUUCACUGCUGCCCCCGUUCACAGCAGUACAUUGUUUUGUUUGCUCCAACUCGUGUCUCUCCAAAGUGGGGGCGUGUCGGAAGCAUACAACCCCACUACAAAAACUCAAACUCUCCCUUUAAAGUUGUUGUAGAACAUUGGAUUAUUGAAAGAAAGAACUCAUUCAUCAUCUUUCUACUUAAUAUUUCAUUUCCCUUCUUAGACAUUUUGUGCAGUUCUCUCUGCAACUUCACAGACAGAGACUAAUUCGAGUCCUUCUCAAAUAGCAGAUAUUAACUCCAUAAUCCAUCUUUACUUAAGUUAAUCUUUUUAAUUAGCUAAAAGCCAAUCUGGGAACCCAUCAGCUAUCGGUGUGACGACGGAUAAGCCUCUGGGUGCAAGGGGCUAUAUUUCUAGGGAUCCGGUGUAGGCAGCAGAUAUAGCUCAUUUUAAACCAAUAAAAAAAAAAAA